AUGGAAGUGACCAACAGGUAUAUCACAAUAAAGAAUCACAUACAGGGUUCAGCAAAUGAGUCUGAUUUUGAGCUCAAGGUUGCAUCACUUGGACUACCAGUGGAGCAUGGUUCUGAUGAGAUUAUUCUGAAAAAUCUAUUUGCAUCCAUAGAUCCUUCCCAGAUUAACCGCAUGAAGAGUUACAGCUCCUCACAGGAAUCAGUAAAAUCUGCAGGUGGCAUCACUCCUGGUCAGGAUUUAGUGGACUAA